GCCUACCAACCCAUUGGAAAAACGGCAAUAAUGCCAGUGCCCUAAGGAGAAGGAAAAGGUCUUCGAUGUAUUACAAUACAACAAGUAUUAUUGGAAGAAGUAAUUGAAAAAAAAAAAUGAAAAGGACAGAGUUGGUUGAUGGAUGAGGAAGAAGAGGGCUACCAAAAAUGAAAGAAAAUAUUAAAUUAAAAUGUAGUGAAAGCGGUAGGAAGUGCAGAAAAGCUGAGUUGACCCGAAACAGCCAUGGAGAGUUGAAACCAAGUCAAGGAUGUGCAGUACUACUAGAAAUCAGAGGAAAGGGCAACCACACAGCAUUUCAUUUGAAGCUCUCGUUCCACACAGUCGUCUCUGAUACGAAGCCUUACAGUUCGAAGAAGGUGUGUAUCGGGAUUACGAUAUUCUCGAAGGUUCCACCAAUUUAUUGGCCUCAAUCCUCCGAUUGAUGCCUCCAUGGGUUUCCUUUCUCUUCUCUGCUCUUGCCUGGAGAGGAGGCUGAAGGGCCGCGGCGGCGCCGGGGAUGAUGAAGCAGAUGCUGCCAGCGACGGCGACAGUUUCGACCUGUUCUUCGACCUCCGCGCUCUCCAGGUCGCCACUAAUUUCUUCUCCGAGUUCAAUGAGCUCGGGCAUGGUGGGUUUGGUCCUGUCUACAAGGGAUUGAUGCCAAAUGGUACACAAAUAGCUGUGAAGAAGCUCUCACUGGAUUCAAGACAGGGAGUAAGAGAAUUCACUAAUGAGGUAAAAUUGUUAUUGAAAAUUCAGCACAAGAACUUGGUCACAUUGUUGGGCUGUUGUGUAGAAGGACCUGAGAAGAUGCUGGUCUAUGAGUAUCUUCCAAACAAGAGUCUUGACUGCUUCCUUUUUGAUAAAACAAAGUCUGCAUCCUUGGAUUGGGCAACGAGGUUUCGAAUAGUUAUGGGUGUGGUGAGAGGUCUUCUUUACCUACAUGAAGAGGCCCCUGAAAGGAUUAUUCAUCGAGAUAUUAAAGCUAGUAACAUAUUGUUGGAUGAAAAGUUAAAUCCAAAGAUCUCAGAUUUUGGUUUGGCAAGGCUUUUUCCUGGGGAUGAAACACAUGUAAAUACAUUUAGGAUUUCGGGUACUCAUGGCUAUAUGGCUCCUGAGUACGCACUACAUGGAUACUUGUCUGUUAAAACGGAUGUAUUCAGUUUUGGGGUUUUGGUAUUGGAGAUUGUGAGCGGGAGAAAGAAUCACAAUUCACAUCUGAGUGCAGAAAAGACGGACCUCUUGAGCUAUACAUGGAAGCUCUACCAAGGUGGGAAAGCAUUAGAAUUAGUUGACCCAAGCCUUGCCAAGUGUAAUCCUGAUGAGGCAGCAAUGUGCAUUCAGCUGGGAUUGUUAUGUUGUCAAGCAAGUGUUGCAGAUAGACCCGAUAUGAACUCUGUCCAUCUUAUGCUAUCAAGUGAUUCCUUUAAUUUGCCAAGACCAGGAAAACCUGGAAUUCAAGGCCGAACUGGACGAUGGACGACUACCACUUCAGCUUUCACAAAUACUAAUGCCACUAGUACCAGCACUGGUAUUACCAAGGCUUCUGCUGGUAGUAGUUUUGUUGAGGAAUACUCCAGAAAUUCCAUCUCCAUUUCUUCUCUAGAUGAAGGAAGAUGACCUCCGUAUACUUUCUGUAAAGAACCAGAGCUCCAUCUAUUUAUGUAAAAAGUUUGUAGUAUCAAUUAUAAUAUUAUUCAUUGUAUUUAUAAUAUAAUCAUUUUGCUGGGAAAA